AUGAAACCGCCCGUGCGCAGACGCACUGCCCCCGUGCGCUUUGAGGUGUUGGACACUCAGCCUGUGCGUUCGGCCCCGAUACGCCUGGCAUGGACGACCAGGGAAAAGGUCGAGCUUCUGAGAGGUCUUAAGGCCCAGAUGGACCAAAAAGUCCCUGACCCCCCUGUCCAGGGGCGGAGUCAGUUGGAGGUGUCCUCGUAUAUCGCUUGGUUGCGCGGCCGAGCUGCCCGGGAGGCCGUCCAGACCAUUUAUGAGGAAUGGGUACAGGAAAGGAAGGCCCAGGAGGCCGAAACCCCGGCGCCCAUUGAGUUAUGGACGGAUUUAGUGUGCCGAAUGUCCAGCCCAGCAGAGGAAGCCGUCACCGCAGCCUUCUCCCAGAUGUUGACGAUCGCAUCCACGGAGCCAGGGACUCUCCGGCAUUCCAUACCCAGUAAAGAGCCCCGGAAGCGUGCUUCCCGCUCCAGCAGCGCUGCCAAGAAGAGCUUACAGCUGAAAGUGGCCUCAGGGGAGGAGCCUGGGGCCUCAGGGAAGGAGCCUGGGGCCUCAGGGAAGGAGCCUGGGGCCUCAGGGAAGGGACCUGAUGCCUCAGGGGAGGAGCCUGGGGCCUCAGGGAAGGAACCUGAUGCCUCCGAGGAGGUGCCUGCACCAUUGGAGGAGAGGUCUACACCACUGGGGGAGAAGCCUGCUCCUUCAGAGGAGGAGCCAGCGGCCGUUGAGUCAGCUAAUGAUCGAUGGAAGAAGCUGGAGUUUGACAAGAUCUAUAAAUACCUUUCCAAAGCAGCCACGGGGGAGGCCCUUCCGAAGCUGUCUGAAUGUGAAUCAGCAGUCGUCCUUCAUCUCCUUCACUGCAUCCCAGACCAGCUGCAGACCCUGGAUGCUAAGCCGUUGGGCGUCUAUCUGCGUAAAACCUACGCGUACGUGGAUUCACCAGCCAAAUCAGAGAGCUCGGAGCAGGAAGAGACGUCAUCAGACUCGCAGACGGUGAACCAGAACGAAUUGGGCUUUUGCCCCUUAAACCCGUUUCUGCUGCCUCUUGAACUUCUGAAAUCUAAAGAGAAAAAGGUGGCACCUUCCUGA